AUGCUUGAUUUUAAUUUCAUUUCUAAAAUAUUAUUCCUUCUAUCUUUACUGGUACCGAUAUUUGGACAAGUAACACGACCAGGAGUGUGUCCGAAUGUUCGUACACAGCCUGGCUUUGAUUUAAACAGGCAACCGAAGACAACCACUGUAUUACAUGUAACUGGUUAUGAACAGCGCAUGAAGAAUGGGGAGGGUACCGGACAGGUACGUUCGAUUGAUGGAACAGCUAUUAGUACCAGUGCCUUAGAACCAGGAAGACUUGUUGUUCAGUUUACUCCGUUUACACCACCAGGACAGUAUUGGGUUUUAGACACUGAUUACGUAAACUAUUCCGUGGUAUACUCCUGCAGACAACAAGGCCUUCAAAAGAUAGGUAAAUAUAGUUUAGAAAUACAGAACAAUUUACGAUUACAAACAUCAUCAAUUAGUUAA